CCGGUUCGUUGCAUAAUAAUUAAAAAAAAUAAAAUCCAGUCAGGUAAAGCGAUUGAGCUCGUCGAAUCUCAGAGCCUCUCUUCCAUGGUGGGAUUUCAGAGCGUCGUAGAUAGUGAUGGGGUUGAUUGGAGGCGACGACGAUGACGAAACUGCAUCUGAAUUAGGGCGACGACGACAACGAACCUGCAUCAAGGGGCAAUUGCGACGGCGACGCUGUGAGAAGAAGGAGAUUGGGGGUUUCAAAUUUCCUCUUCCGCGAUUGUGGACUAUGCUCUUCCGCGGUGGGUCUCUUUGACGAUAUUGAAGUGGUUGAGCAUCGGCGACGGGAACUGUGAGAUUGGGUUUCACGGCGGGUCUCUUCUGGUUGUGCUCUUUCGCGGUGGGUCUCUUCGUCAAUAGUGAAGGGGUUGAUUAGCGAGUCACCAGAUGGAAGAAUUGGAACAAGAUUCAGAGCUGCUUGAUUGAGGGCAAUGAUGGCGGGUUCUGUUCUGUUCUGUAUUUUCCCCUCUUCCGUUCUGUUCUGUACUGGGGUUUCCAGUUUUAGCCCUUCUCCACUCGCCAUGGGCGAUGAUGGCGGGUUCAUACAAAACCUAGCUUGCUUCUUCUAUUGCCUUCUUGCUAGCUCGUAUUAUUAUUUUCCAUUGCGUUUCGAUUCUCCUGUUUGCUUCAUCCGCUUUUGCAUUCACUGUAAUCCAAAUGCACAACCGAUAUUGCCGCCGGAUUACUCAACCAGGCAGUUCAAAACAACAUCCACCAAACCCCUCCUCUCAAUUCCGCCGCAAAAAGUCCCUGUAAUUUCUUCCAUCGAAUUGCCGACAAACUAGCUCCGAGGUCUGGUUUUCUCUCCCCGCCAGGUGUUAUUCUGCCGCCUUGGCCUUGGAAGCCCGGCUGAUAUCCAGCUACCACUCGUCUUCCUCUGUCACUGAGUUCUAGGGUUUCUCUUUUCCUUUCCAUGAAACCAAGUUCCUUCAUUUCGUUGCUGAAUUCUGAUUCCGUUCUUGUAAUUUUACUGUGAUGGAUCAGAUGCAGAAGCAUUUGCCUAACAAGAUUGAAGAUGAGCAGCGCUCUGCUAAUUGUCCGCUUCAACCUGCCGCAGACCUCCAUCUGGAGGUGCAAGACGUUGAUCUCCAUUCCAACUCUACUGUAGAAGUAAAGGAAGAAGCAAAGCCGGCAUUUUGCUCUGCGCCCUCUGUUGCCGCUUCUCAACCUAGCUGUGUGGUGGUGGUAGUUAAUGAGGAGGAUGAGUCGCCUUUGCCCUCUGCUCCGGAGCCUCCCACGAAGCCCUCUCUCUCUAGGGAUCCAAGUUCUCAUGAACAGUGCAGAGUGUGUCAGCAAGAGAAGGAAGAAGUUCUCAUUGAUUUGGGGUGCAAAUGUAAAGGGGGGCUUGCUAAAUCCCACCGUUCAUGCAUCGAUGCUUGGUUCCGGACGAGGGGAUCAAAUAAGUGCGAGAUAUGCCAAGAUAUUGCAGUCAAUGUGCCCCCUCCAGAAUCUCAACCAAGUGUAGGUAUUCGAUGCCCCCUGCAAUUGAUAAAGCCUCAGACAAACUACUGGGUGUGGAGACUUGAUCCAAGUUACAGACCUCGAGACAGGGAAAGGGGUUGUUUUAGUCCUCUUUGGGUGGCAUUCUCGAUUCUUAUCGGUGGCCUCAUGUUGGAUGUGCUGAUCUCCUUCACUCUUGGAGUUUCUGCUCUACCUGUCAACGUAAUAAUUGGAGUGAUUGUUCUGCUUGGACUUGGAACAGCACUUCGGUUGGCUCUGGAAUUCUGCCAUGAAUGGAGUUUCAGGAGAGCAGUUCACAGGGUUGAUGCGAAUGUGAACCUCGGGUAUCAUCCCACAUUAUAGAGCACUUAGGCCCCUGUACAGAGAAGAAACACAGAACCAGAUGGACCGGCUGUUACAUCCUGUCCAGUGUAUAUAACUAUAUAUAGUUAGGGGAAACUGGCGUGCAUGCUAUCUGUUGUUUAUGCUUUUAGCACCACCACUACUCAUUCCCGAAUCGAGUGUGGCUGCUGCAGUGAAAGGCGAUUGUGGUCAACUGUGGAACAAGCCCUUGUAAAUGAUGAAACAGCCAAGAUUGUGAAGCUGAUCUUCUUUUCGCUAGGACAUUGAUUAUUACUUUCAAUAAACGGCCAGUUAGCAUUCUUUGUUCUCAAUGUUCAUUAUAGAACUCGUUUUCAUAGCAGAUUUGGAAUUAGGAAUACAGCAGGGUUGCUCAUUUGUUCAAUGUUCUUUUCCCUCUGAUAAGUUAGUAGAAUGUUUUUGGUAAUGUACAUGCAAAACAACACUUUCACUGUGUGCUUGUUAGAAU